AUGGAACUGAUGGAAGAACCAGGUUCGCGUAAAUCAGUGUCCUGCGACAGGGACGGGCCGUACUAUUCGACGCUGAACCGGCCAGGCAGGUCUCCGUCGACCAGGUCCACACCGUGCAGGUCUACUUCGCGCAGAUCUACCCCGGGCCGGUCUACAUCGGGCAGAUCUACUUCGGUGUGCAGCAGAUCUACCACGGACAGGUCGACGACUCCCGAUGCACCGCCAGUCCCGCCGGCCACCUAUCACUGGGAGGAGGUGAGGAGAAAACGGUCGGUGGGCGGGUACCCGUGGACGCAUCUCAACAAACCACCUUUCGACGAAAACACCUGGGUGAAGUAUGAAAGGGAUCACGUAUACGAACCUGUGACGCCAGCAGCCAGCACUGAUCGGAUAUCUCCGCCCGUCGUGAAUCCGUUAAAAGACGAUAACCGUCAUUUUCUACGCAUACCAUUGACGGAAGAACUCGUAAUGGCUGACGACACGGGUUCGGAACCCGAAAGCGAACAACAACAACAUCGACAACGACGACCAAACAGAGAGAAAGAAGACGACGAAGACGAUGAAAACGAUGACGACGAUGACAACGACGACGACGAAGAAGACGACGACGGAGAAGAGGACAAUGACGACGACGAUGGAAAUGUUGAUAAAAAAAAUGUAAGAUCCGACGAAUCGAUUUAUGAGGGUGAAAACGAAAACUCGUCCAUGGGCGAUGUAGAGUCCGGUAACACGCGCAUGAAGGUGUUCCAGCAAAAAGUCAAAGUCAAAGCAGACAUACUGCGCUCCAAGUUGCAAGGGGUGACCAAACGGAAGCCCAAGCAAAAAAUAGUCAUGGACACGCCCAACAGCGAAAAGCCCCGCCGCAAGUUCGGCCAGUUCGCCACUCUGCCGAAAAAGUUCACAUUCAAUGCACCCAAAGUGAACUUCUCCACGGCCUUUGGACACUUCUCCCGGAGAUCCGCGGACCCGAACGAAUCUAGUACGGACGAGACGAAGAGCGUUCGAGAAGAGACGAAGAGUGGUCGGUUCUCUCUGCCACGUUUUGGAUUGUCUAGGACGUCAUCGGAAUCUCCGAAACCGUCAAAAUCCAUAAAAAUCGGUGGCUCCCGGCUAUCUAUACCGGGUUUCCGGCCCCGCACUUGGUCCGACGCGUCAAAAGUGUCGAAGCCGGACAGUCCAAAACCCCGGAUAAUGGAUUUCGGUACUUACCCGAGAAUAUUUUCGAAACGCAGGAAAACCAACGCGGCGAAUAAAGCAAAAACGCCACCACCAUCAUCCGACGGAGGAGAGCCAGAAUCGAAUAACUACAAGCGGAAGGACUCUUUCCAUCGGCGCUUCUUUCGGUCACACAAAGAGUCAACACCGGCUCCGACGGAAGAACAGACUGCCACGCUGGCUGUGGAAGAAGAGCUGGACGAGCCACCACUGCAAGUAUCCAAGGAAUCGUUGGCCGAAUUUGGAGACAGCGAUCUACAGGAGGUGAUAUCGCUGAGCGACGACUGCAGCCGAUCGAAGGACGCGAAGAGCUUGUCCGAGCACCGGGCGGGCGUGAUCGAGGAGAUUGAUUCUGAUGAGUUUUUCCUGCGUGAGAAAGGUCUGAGUCGCGGUGACGUGCACAUCAGCAAUUACCUGUCGUCGGAGAUCAGAGACGUGUUCCGGUCGAACCGGACACGGUCCGUGGAAGGUGUUAACGACAACGACAACGGCAACGGCGGGGUCUCCAGAAAUAACCGCGAGACCAGUAGCGGUAUCGCCACGCCGGUUAGACCGUCGCGGACCAAUUCGCUGAGGAGACCUAACCGGCACACUGUAACCGACGCGAACACCGAGCGAUCUUACGUCGCUGAUCGGUUCAGCACGAUGCCGAAAUCGUUCGGCGGCACUAGGUCGUUGAAGAAACCGGAAGACGACACGCCCGAGAACAUCAUCACCAGUCAGACGUUUGAACCGUCGCAAAAUCCAGUGCUCCCUUCGGGAGUGCCCUGGAGGACUUCUGGCAGGCAGACUGCUGCCUCCACCGUCGCACACAUGCCGCCAAAACCACCGACCAGACAACGCAUGUCCAAGUUUUCCACGUUUGACACGAGGUCGAUGAUUGAUUUGUCCAGAAAGAGAAGCCAGUCACAAAUCGGAUUCCAGCCGUCAAUGAAUUUUUCGGAGACUGUGCCAAAAGCGCCGAUGCGUCGGUCUAGGACUUCGUUGGCCGGUUCCGACCACGAUAUUUCAUCGGCGGUGGCUGAUUAUGGAGGCCGGCCUUCGUGGGCGGUCAACGGUAACGGCGCAGGAGUGCCGACGCCACCGUUGCGCCGUUCGCGGAUGUCGCUGUCUGUGGACGCGGACGUUGAAGAGCGGUCGGCAACGGCCGCCUACGCUGUAAACGGUAGUACGUCCGCGAGGUCCGCGGGAUCCACGCCUCCACGACCACCGCCGCCGCGGACGACGACAACGACAUCUUCCGCAGUCGCGGGUUACGCGACGGUGGACAAAUCGUCGCCAUCCACCGCGACACUACUGUUACCGCCACAGUCACCGAUGCGGCACAGACGGAAAAAAUCAUACGACGUGAUCAAAAGCCAAGAGUUUGGGGCAUUUUUCACCAUACCGAGGUCGUACAGCUACAGCGAUAGGAAUGCACGGCCGUCCACGACUGCAGACACUAACAGCGCGGCUAAACUACCACCGCCAUCGAGACCCGCGCGCGCCUACAACACACUGGGACCGUCUCGACCGCUCCGGCGCCGGUUACCGGUCAGCGAACACGAGUAUGGCGACGUGGCCGACGACGGCAGUGGCCGCCACCGUCAUGACGACGACGACGGCGACGGCAGGAACGACGGGACGGCCAAAGCGGCGGCGGCGUUGUGCUCGGGCGACGUGAUCGAAAAGAUGAAACUUCGGCCGUUGCCAUCACCGCCACCACCUCCGCGCAAGUCGAGAGCGGCCGACGACAUGGCCACGCCCGAACCCCAACGGCGCAGAAACACUGAUUCGGCCCUGGUCCCUUUUUUAGAUCGGCGAGAAACGUCUGCAACAUCGUCUAACGAUUUUUUUGCCGACGUUUCUCGUGCGCUGCUCGCAUCUGCCGCCAAAAACGCCGUUGCUACCUGCGCCGACGACGUGUCCGUGGCCGUUCAGACCGAUCCGUCGCCAGCAGCUGAUGAUUACUUGUCGGACGACCAUCGCGAUGACGGGUCCUGCUAUUCGGCCGAUUCUUAUGACCGGCCGUCGAAGUCUACAGCAGCAGCAACGCCACGACACCUGGCUCCAAAAACGCUGACCACCACCGCCUCCACCACUGACCGACCCAGAACCCGGUCGUCGUCCCAGGUCACCGAGUACGUUGACCGGCCGACGUCCGGCAUGUCAGUAACCGCAGCAGACGACUGCAGCUGCAACGGUUACGCGAUGGUGUCCGACGCGGCUGCUGAAGGCGGUGUCGCUGCAGUGCGCGCGCAACGCAUAACCGUCGAAGAGUUGCAAGUGGGCAGGAUGAUCGUGGCCGACAUACUCGGUCAGCGAAUGGCCGUCGACGACAUGUCCGGAUCUAGUCUGAAGAUCGCUCAAUUCGCCGUUGCGGCUCAACAUCCGUCUCUGCAGCCGGACGCCACGGCCGCCGUUCAAGCCGCGCCUGCAUGUGCAGACGACCCGAUGACCACGCACGUUCAGCAGCAUAUGCAGGACGACGCCGCGUCGGUUCAGUCUUCGCGAGUGUCGUCCAUGUACCCGGAAGUGGAUUCGGACGAGGACCGAGCCAGCGUGUUGGCCGCGCCCACGCCACCACGUCGACGCAGCAAACCUCCGUCCUCACCGCGUUCACCCCCCACCUCCGACCACCACGACCAGGGCAAAAACGGCUGCAGGCCAUCGGGAACCGUUAGCGCCGUCGACCUGUCCACCGCCGACCCGUCCAUCACUGAACUCAGCUGUCAGCUGUUCCGAUUGUGCCACUCAAACGUGUGCAGCCUGUUCACCAAAGUCGUCCAGCAAGUGGUCCCCGAGGACACGGAGAAGAGGCGCGACCUGCAAGCCGCCCUGUGCUUCCUGAGCAUCAUACUCGCAGGUCUACUGAUCCUGGGCUUCGGCAACGAGAAGACCAUCCACCACCACCACUGGGACUUUCAAUUUCCUCCCAAUCAGUAG